GCUGAACGUGUCUGGUGUCUUGUCAAAACGAGUAUCGGAAGUCGGAAGUGCACGACGAUUAAUUGUGUACUUUUUUCAAGAAAAUGGUAUCUUUAUUUUUUUCGCAGCCAAUGACACCUGCCAUAACAGGAAUGGAGGAGCAAGAGAAGUUGUUGGAAGAUGCUAUCGGGGUGGUUAAAGUUCAAGCUUUUCAGAUGAAACAUUGUUUGGACAAAGCUAAACUGAUGGAUGCGCUAAAACAUGCCUCCACUAUGUUAGGAGAACUGAGGACUUCUCUUCUUAGUCCAAAGAGCUAUUAUGAGUUGUAUAUGGCAAUAACAGAUGAACUACGACACUUAGAACUUUAUUUGUUGGAUGAAUUUCAAAAAGGAAGAAAGGUUACAGAUCUUUACGAAUUAGUACAAUAUGUUGGCAAUAUUGUACCAAGACUCUACUUACUUAUUACUGUUGGUUUGGUUUAUAUCAAAACAACUCCUGGUUUAAAAAGGGAUCUUUUAAGAGAUCUUGUAGAAAUGUGCAGAGGUGUACAACAUCCGUUACGUGGUUUAUUUUUAAGAAAUUAUUUGCUACAAUGCACAAGGAACAUUUUACCAGAUGUCACUGAAGGUGAUGAUGAAGAUGGGACCGUUCGUGACAGCAUAGAUUUUGUUCUGAUGAAUUUUGCAGAAAUGAAUAAAUUAUGGGUACGCAUGCAACAUCAAGGUCAUAGUAGAGAUAGAGAAAGAAGAGAAAGAGAAAGGGAAGAACUUAGAAUUCUUGUGGGAACAAAUCUUGUACGACUUAGUCAAUUGGAAUCUGUAACAUUGGAUAAAUAUAAAAAGCUUGUACUACCAGGAAUAUUGGAACAGGUUGUUAGCUGUAGAGAUGCCAUAGCACAGGAAUAUCUUAUGGAAUGUAUAAUUCAGGUCUUUCCUGAUGAAUUCCAUUUACAAACAUUAAAUGCAUUCUUAAAGUCUUGUGCAGAAUUGCAAAAUGGAGUGAAUGUUAAAAAUAUUAUUAUAUCAUUAAUCGAUAGACUUGCAGCCUUUAGUCAAAGAUCUGAUGGCGUAGGAGGACCGGGAAGUCCUAAUCAAGUCUCAGGAAUUCCACAAGAUGUCAAACUUUUUGAUGUAUUUAGCGAUCAGAUUGCUAUUAUUAUACAGACAAGGCAAGAUAUGCCUCCUGAAGAUAUUGUAUCUCUUCAAGUAGCUCUCAUAAACUUAGCACAUAAAUGCUAUCCAGAUCGGGUAGAUUAUGUGGAUAAAGUUUUAUUCACAACAGUUCAAAUAUUCCAAAAACAAAAUGUUGAUAAGCUGGAAUAUAAUAGUGCCGUUUCAAGAGAACUAGUAAGAUUAAUGAAAAUUCCUGUAGAUAAUUAUAAAAAUAUAUUAACUGUGCUUAAACUUGAGCAUUAUGCGCCUCUUUUGGAUUAUUUUGAUUAUGAGGGUAGAAAAUCGCUAGCCAUAUACAUAAUCACAAAUAUUUUGGAAAACGAAACAUUGAUACCGAUGCAAGAACAAGUGGAUGCAGUGCUCUCUAUGGUAGCUCCAUUGGUACAAGAUCAGCCGGAUCAACCAAACAUAGAAGAAGAUCCUGAAGAUUUCGCUGAGGAACAAGGUCUGCUUGGCAGACUAAUACAUCAUUUCAAAUCGGAAACGCCGGAUCAACAAUAUAUGAUAUUAAGUGCUGCAAGGAAACAUUUCAGUGCUGGUGGUAACAAAAGAAUUAAGUAUACUUUGCCGCCUAUAAUCUUUCAAAGUUAUCAAUUGGCCUUUACAUAUAAAGCAUUGAAAGAUCAGGAUGAAAUGUGGCAAAAAAAAUGUCAAAAAAUUUUUCAAUUCUGUCAUACGACUAUCACUGCACUGAUGAAGGCUGAAUUAGCCGAAUUACCUUUGAGACUAUUUCUGCAAGGUGCAAUAGCAAUCGGCGAAAUCCGUUUUGAUAAUUUUGAGAUGGUAGCUUAUGAAUUUAUGAGUCAAGCAUUUUCAAUAUAUGAGGAUGAAAUAAGCGAUUCAAAGGCACAGCUUGCGGCGAUCACUUUGAUCAUUGCUACGUUUGAACAAAUGAGCUGUUUUGGUGAAGAAAACGCAGAACCUGUGCGUAAUCAAUGCGCUUUGUAUGCUAGUAAAUUAUUGAGAAAACCUGAUCAGUGUAGAGGAGUCGCUACUUGUUCACAUAUAUUUUGGUCAGGAAAAUCUUUAGCUACAGGUGGAAAAGAGAUGCAAGAAGGUGGUAAAGUAUUAGAUUGCUUGAAAAAAGGUAUUAGGAUAGCGAGCCAAUGCAUGGAUACAUCGGUGCAAGUGCAAUUGUAUGUAGAACUGCUGAAUCAUUACAUUUACUUCUACGAGAAAGGAAAUACUGCUGUGACUGUGCAAAUAUUGAAUCAAGUAAUUGCAAAAAUUAGAGAAGAGCUUCCUAAUUUAGAAGCAAGUGAGGAAACUGAUCAAAUACAAAAACAUUUGGCAAAUACAUUGGAACAUUUAAGAAAUAGAAUGGAAUCAGCAGACUCUGAUGGACUUUCUUAUCAAGGCCUUGUUCUUUAAUUGCAUAGAAUUGGCGUAUUGUAAUUUUGUAAAUAAAAGAUUUUUAGAAUAUUAUAGGUCGAUAGUAUCAAAAAAUUAGCAUUAAUUA